AUGGACAAGCGUGAGGAGAUUCUUUCGUGUGAAGUAAAACGUAAAUUGAGUGGAGCGGCUAGGCGAAAACUGAUUAAAGAAGCCAUUAUUGAGGAGUUACCACGCCUACAUAUUCUUCAAGAGAAUCAAAAAGUUAAAUAUGAAUCAGCAAUAAAUACUUUGAAACGACUUUCUGACACAAGAUGGGCAAGUAGAAAUCAUGCUGUUGAUGCAAUUGUGGAAUCACUUUUUGCUAUUUUGGAAACUCUAGAAGAUAUUAAUUAUGGAGAAAAAGUCUUUAUCCAAUAUUUAUUAAAAAACCUCGGACUGGAAGCAACAUCGUGGACUACCACGAUGAUCGACUGGGUCAUGAACUUAAAACCAAAAAAGAGCUAA